ACCCACCCACCCGCCAAGGUCUUGCUGAAAAGCGAAAACUAUCCGGAGGUGAGCGGAUGGUAUUUCCUGACGCAUACCGUGACGCAGGUCGGGGGCCUGAUCUACCCGAUGUACAAAUCGGAGCUUGCCACUGGCAGGCCGGUUUUCACGCUCGGCGCAACGCAACCCGGACGCGACAACGUAGCCGGAGUGGACCUGGUGCAGUGGGGGAUUUGUGGGCCACUCGGCACGAAAACGCUGUAUCCAAAGAGACAGAACCUCUCGUCCAAGAAGUUGCAAAAUCACCAGAAUAAGCAUGCAGAUGAGCACAUGCACAAAAAACAAAAAGGUCAGCGCCGGCACCGAGAGUUGCACUCCCCCGCCGACAACAAUUCCUUUUUUCAUGCAGGUGACGGAAAAAAAUAAGCCACGCAGGCUUCUACAAGCUGUAUCUAUGUAUCAUUAGCGCUUUUGGAUGAAGUUGGUUUGUCUCCUCCUCCUGGAUAAUGUAGAGGGCCGCUGUAAUGCGCGGGCCGGGUCCGUGUCGCCCGCUCAUCUUGUCACAAUGGCGUGGACUUGGUCUAUAAAAGAGGACAGCCAGGUAGUGACCGACAGCUACGCAUGUGUCGUGGGCGUUUCGUUUCCCACUGCUCUCGACAUUUCAACGUUUCGCGUUUUUGAUCACCCCAAACCGACGGUCAUCGCUCCGGGACAUCAAGGAAAAGUGGAAAUUCCACCGGCGGUCGCGGAUCAAGGAAUUGGCAUGCCGAAGGGACUUUUGUCAGCGUUUCUGAAGAAACAAGGCAAGUGACUUUUCGUGCGUUUUUUUGGUGCUCGUAUUCUUGAUGAUAGUUAAGAGAAGGGCUUGCGCAUCGUUUACAAAAUCAAACGGAAAUGCAUACUUAUCACCAGGUGCCUGCUGCCGCAGAUUUUUCGAAGACGCGUACCAGAACCGUUUUCAUCGCGCAAGGCCGGCAGUGACCACAGGCGCUUCCUGCUGCCUCUGCUGCGCAUUCUUUCGGAGCACGAAUACGAAAAUUGCGGCGCAUGGCGAUCUGCACCGGGCCUGCUUCGGAAAUUCCGGAAAGAUGCCCCAGGGUAUGCACUGCUACAAUUUCCUCGAUGUGGAAGAAGUGGAGGCUGCUGAGAACUUUCUGGACGCCGAGUACACGAGGAUGCGGCUGCAGACUGGCGUUGAAGCAGGUGAACAGGACAAGCAAAAAAAGCAGUCCGCCCUGUCAGUGUACCAGGAGUUUUUGGCGAGAUUGGAGUACGAGGAGCACUGUCUUGGCGAACAGUCGAACUCAAGUCACUGCUCGACAACAAGUAGCAAAGGGUUUCCAGUGCCUUUCAAGAUCGAACCAGCCUUCUUACCAUAUCCAGACUGAAAGUGAUCGUUUGCCUGUGCCAGCGUAGCCAACUGUUCCACGAGAGAACUACGUGUAUUGUCAGCCCCCAUGAUCAUGUGGAAAAAUAGAAGAUGCACUUGGAAGGAUCGCUGCGCUCUCAUUCCUGUUUGAGCUGCUGUUGUAACGCCUCGUGAGAAGGCAGGGUGUGGGUACUUGAAAAGUUGCGACGCGUUGGCAAGCGCGCUAGGAUAUUUUCCAAGUUCCAUACUAUUGGUUGCGGAUCUGGAGCGGCCUUCCCGCCAACGCUUGGCGCUCUGCGGA